UUGGAUUUUAAUAUUUUUUUUGUAUAAUUGAAAAGUAAAUUUUAAUAAUAGCGAGGAUUCAAGAAGUAAAAAUUAAAUAAUUGAAACAUUAAAAAUAUAUUUAAAAAAAUGAACAUUUAUAAUGAAAAUAAACGAGUGUCCAACAAAAAUUUGGAAGAAGAAUUAUUUGAAUUUGAUGAAGAGGAAGAUGUUUCUAAUCCAGAAUUAAGCGCAAGCGAUAUUGAAGAAGAGGACGUUGAAGAUGGGAUUCCAGAUCAAAAAGCAUGGGGUAAACGACGUAUACAAUAUUACGAUGCUGAUUUCAUUGAUAAAGACUACAGCACUUACACGAAAGAGGAGGAAGAUCUAGCCUUAGCCGAAGAACAGGAAGCUCAACUUAUCCAAGAAAGAUUAGCCAAGGAGUUGGAUGAAUUUGAUUGCGAUUUACAAUUACCCAAUUUUAUGAAAAAAGACAAAAAUGAAAGGGAAGCUCUUGAAACAAAAUUGAAAGUAGAUUUUUCAAAUCUUAGUGAUAUGCAAAAAUUACAAAUAUUUGAAAAAGAUUCACCAGAAUUCGACGGCCUUAUCUCUGAUUUCCAACAUAACUUAAAUGAAUUGAAAGAAUUUUAUUUACCUUUAUUAAAAUUCGCUAAGCUAAGUGAGCAAAAUCUACCAAUUUUCAAAAUUUUAGAAGUUAGAGAAUCGACAACCUACUUAUAUUUAACCAACGUUGCUUUUUAUUUGUACUUGAAAGUAUAUAAAAUACCAUUUAAAGGACAUCCACUAGUCAAAAAGUUAGCACAGAUUAAGCAACUAUUAUCUGAACUGGAUAAAAAAAUAGAAUGUUUCGUUCCGCAGCUUCGUAAUCUAAUAGAAAAAUUAGAAAGUGGUGAACACGUAUUUGUUUCACCACACAAAAUUGUACCAAUACACACAACAUCCGAAAUUAACAAUAGUGGUGAAUCGGAUAACCCAGAACAAGAUGCACCGGAGGAAUCGUUGGACUUGCGCAGAGACAUAACUUAUCAAAUUGCUAAAAAUAAAGGUUUAACACCGCAUAGGAAAAAAGAAAAUAGAAAUCCUCGCGUAAAACAUAAGAUGAAAUUCAAAAAAGCAAUUAUCCGAAGAAAGGGAGCCACACGUACUGUUCGUAAGGAAACAAAAAGAUAUGAUGGUGAGAUUUCCGGAAUUAAAGCAACUGUUAGAAAAAGUAUUAAAUUUAAAUAAAAGUUCGUUUAGAUAUCUUUAUAAGUAUGUACAUUUUCGUUAUUUCCAAUAAAGUUUUAUGAAUAUUCUCU